AAAAGUUGUUUAUCUAGAACAAGUUGUUUCUAAGUUUCAAAAUAAUUAUUAUUGUAAUUUAUAUAAUCUAUAAAUGUAAUUUACAUUUAUUAUUAUAGUUUUAUCAAUCAAUGUUUCUAAGCCUUAAUCAUUAGACUAUUUCAACUAAAUAAACUGUUAGAUUGGUCCAAACAGUGAAAACUGUUGGGUCACAGGUUGGAAAGACUUUUUAUUUUUUAGUGAAAAACAUUUAUUUAAAGCUGAAAUGGUGAACAAACACAGAAGAGCAAAGAAAAAGAAAAUUAAUGAAGUAUUUGAACAUCAUUGGGGUGAAUGUUUUGAAAGGCAUUAUCCAUUAACUUUUUUAGAUGACAAUGCAAUGACAGAGGAAGAAAUAAAUGAUUUUUAUAUAAGCAUGAUGAGUGAAAAAGAAAAGCUUAAUGCUACAAAGUCUUUGUUGAAUAACAUUGAUAUACAUAUUUGGCGAUCACAUACCACUCAGACACAUAAAUGUGGUUUAAUUGUAUCAUAUCUAAAAAACUACAUAAAGGCUGAAUUUGUUACUCAAGCUUGGGCCAAAUUCUACACAAUACUUGGCACUUUUGAUUUAUUUUCUGAAAAUCUAACUGUUGCAAAUUCUGUACAUUUGUGUGAAGCUCCUGGCGCAUUUAUUUCAUCCCUCAAUCAUUAUUUGCAAAGUAAGUUUUAUAAUAUAAAGUUCAAUUGGAUUGGUACAACUUUAAAUCCAUACUAUGAAGGUAACAUUCAUGGAGAGAUGAUUGUUGAUGACCGCUUUUUAAUUGAAACUUUGCCAAAUUGGAAUUUUGGAAAAGACUUUUCAGGAAACAUUAUGUGCGCUUCAAACAUGGAAUUUUUAAUUAAAAGUGUAGGUUCUAUUGAUAUAGUUACAGCUGAUGGUAGCAUAGACUGUUCUGAUGACCCUGCUGAACAAGAAAUAGUAGUUGCUCCGCUUCUACUGUGGGAAACUGUUACUGCACUUAACAUACUCUCUAUUAAAGGAAAUUUUGUUUUGAAAAUUUUUACAACUUUUGAAAACUUUACAAUCUGUUUACUAUAUUUUUUGUGCAAAUGUUUUGAGUCUGUUACCCUAAGUAAACCAGGACCAAGUAAAUCAGGCAAUUCAGAAGUUUAUGUUGUUUGUAAAAAUUACCAGAAAGACUUGCAAAGUUUAUCAUUUCAGAAAUUUUAUCAAGCUGCUAUUCAGAAUAAUCUUUUAUUAGUCACAAAAGACUUUUAUUUGAUACCUAAGUCGUUUAUCAAGUGCAUUAAAAGUUAUGUUUUUGAAUCAUGCAGGCUUCAGGUUGAGAAUAUUUUGUUUAAUCUUGACCUUUUUAAAAAUCCUAAUAUUGAUUACAAUUGUGAAGUUAAUGAAAUUAGGCAUUAUAUAGCUCAAAGAUUUUUAGAUCAGUUUAAAAUACAUAAAAUUGAAAAUUUUAUUUCUCCUCUUUAUGUUAUGACUACUAAUUACAAAGGUAAACAAUCAAAUUUCAAACCAAAUUUAAAAAAAGGAUCUUUUGAUGAUCGAAGUAUUUCUGCCCACUGUCUUAAUAAAGAUGAAAAAGCUCUUUCAUUAGAUUUAAGAUCAGAAAAUGAUGCAUUUUUGUUCAAAUGGAGUUGGCACAAGUCUCAAAAUCAAAAUGUAAAUUAUCUCAUUGAGACAGAGACACUGAUAAUAGGAAAAGCUUUUUUGUUUAUAAGUUAUUCUUGCUUCUGUAAUCCUUUAUUACUGUCUCACUAUUACAAACUCAAAAUUGUUUUUCAUAAUGAUUUCUUGAAAGAUGGAUUAAAGAAGCUUUUUUCAGACUUCAAGUUUUCUUCCAAUUUUCAUUUUAAAAUAUUUUCAGAAAUUGAUAUUGAUUUAGGUGCAAUUUUGCCUGAAUGCUGUGACGUGCAAUGCAACAGAGAAUCUGAUAAUUUGUUAUAUAUUUGUUAUGCUGUACUUAAAAAUAAAAAAGAAAGCAUUGUGAAUAUUCUAAAAAUGAUGCAGAGUAUGAAGUCUAAUUGUUGUUGUAUUUUUAUACUUAAUGAUCUUUUGCUGAGUAACUUUUGGAAUGGAAUAUUUUUCAUAAUUACACAAUGUUUUGAAGAAGUUGCAUAUGUUCAUCCUAAUAUGUGUACCAGUUUCUUAGUUUUUCGAAAUUUAAAAUCUUUUGAUAACAUAUCGCACGCAUUAACUUAUUUAGAAAAAGUCAACAUACAGCUUUCAAAUUUGACAUCUGGUUUAGAUGUUUUGCACGUUGUCCCAAUAUAUUAUUUAAUGAAAAGUACUUAUCGUGAAUAUGUGAUGCAAGAAAAUGAGGCAUUUAUAAGAAAGUGUUUGUGAUGAUGUUUUUAAUAUUUUUUUCAUUUGUUUUUUGAAAA